AUGGAUCCCAAUGCGCUCUACAUUGCACUCUUCAUUCGUGAUGAUCCUCCUAGACCCAACGAUUACCACUGGGCGCUCUACCACCACCGCAUCAACAGCGGCAUCAAGUACCAUAUCACCAACGAAGGCAACGGCUGGAUUCCCGGACAUGGGCCCGAAUCAGGCACCGGCAUCCUGAAAGCCUUCCUCCUUGUGGGUCUGAUUCAGAUUGCAACCAUACCGUCCACUACCUCGGCGGAGGAGACUUUAGACCGUGUCUGCCGAAGCUACGACGGACAUCUGAACGACAGCGAAAACAGAACAUGCCGGACGUGGCUACUGGAUGUGUUAAAGGAUCUACGGGAGCAGAUGGGUGUGCUACAUGGGGUUGACAUCAUAUCACUAGAGAAAGAAGCGAUGGACUGGGGCAAUCAGUACGCGUUUGAGGCCUGCCAAAACGUCCAACCAAGACCAGUGGAGAAGAGCAUGUACAUGGCGUGA